AUGUCACAUGGUCCGGUCCCUUACGAUUUCCGCCCGCACUGUCCGCCGCAUUGGUACCCGCAACCGGGUCCGGAACUUCGGCAAGCCCAGCAGUGCGGAACUCUACCGACCGCACAGGUUCAGGAUAUUCCUCGCUCAGCAAGUCAUGGUCGCAAUACCCGGAUUCAGGAUUGUGAGGUGCAAAGCAAGCCGCCCUCUGAGGAAGCCGUGGCCGAAGACGUCCGUACCAGUACUCGCAAGAACUCUCUGAGUUCCACCAGCAGCACCGGAAGCAUUUGGGUCCGCCUUCCAGGUAUGCAGCCCAAGGAAGUGAAUGCUCCAGCCUCCACAACUGAGAGCCCUGUGAUUCCCAAGACGCCCUCAGAGGCGCCCACUUCUGUCACUGCCGGGCGUGACUUUGGGGAGUCGGACACUGGACAGGGCAUUGUGCUCGCAGGAGAGGACGACGCCUCACCCGCUCAAACUCCUGAGGGGCAGGGCGAGAAUUCUCAGGGAGCCUUCGAGUGGCAAUUGGAACCCAAUUCUCGCUUGGCAAUAGGAGAUGUUCGAUUUGAGCCCGGCUUCAACGCCACGGUCAUCCAUCGACCGUACAAAAGGCGACAUCAUCUGCCAAUCCCUUCGGGUUGGGGAGAUGACCAUACUGACUCCUCGAACCAUCCGGACGAUACUCAGCCAGUGCCUGCUUUGCAUUCAGCUGGCCCGCUGCCAGAUCCGAUCUUGCCGUCUCAAUCGAGCUUGCAAGCGGACAUUGACGCAGACCGAAACAUUCAGACCAACGAGAAAUACAAAGCAAAGCCAAAAAAAAAGGCGAAGAACAAACAUAAGUCUGCCAAGAGUCCUGAGUUUUGUCGACGCGCUUCUCCACUGCCCCAUAGGGAUGCACAGCUCAGUAACGACACUGUCGUCACAAACAGCACAAUGGGCCUUCCGGACGAUGCUCAGGCUCAGAGCAUCCCGGCCGCGAGGACCGGCUACCGUUCCCAUGCUGGUGGUUCCCUGAGGAUUCCCCGGCACCGCAACGCCUAUCCUCAAUUUAUUCCCACAUUCGACGGAGCUGAUCGUCAGCCAGCAGCGCAGCCUGAGGCUCCCAUUACCAACGUCUCUUCGCUCCAAGUCAAGGAUUUCGCGGAGCCGCAGCUCCUCACGGGGAAGACGGAGAGGUCCGAGGACAAGUUCGGGUCCAACCCCGACGCGGACGCUUGCAUCUCCGACUGCCCAAAGGUGGUUAAGGCACUUCCCGGUGAACGACCGGAUAGCCUUCCGCCAAAGCCUCUUCCGCCCAAGCUUACUCUGGCCCCAAUUCCCAUAGUCAUGGUGCAGGCGGCUGCGCGUCAAGCUCCCCGUGCACAAAACGGCCACUCGGUGUCCCCCGCGGCACCCAAUGAUAACAGCAUUCCGAUUACCGCCGGAGAUCGAGCUUCUUCCGCCCAAUCUACGGCGGCUCAAUCCCACUGUGCCAGCGACUACUUCAGUGCGAAAAGCCACAUCUCCUCCAGAGAGAACAGUCUUCCUACUUCGGAAGCAGACAAGUUCAAGACAGCCCAUGCGAGCCCAUCACUGCCUGAUGUCGAAACCAAGGACACCGCCAAGGCUCCUACUAAGGCUCCCAACUUGAAAGAUUCCGCUACCUCCACGCCCGCCAACACGGCCAAGGAUCCUUCAGUCCCAUCCCCGGAUGUCAGCACCAGCGCCGAAGUCAAGACCAAAAAGAAGAAGACCAAGCCCAAAACCGACCAGCCGAGCAUCCCAACCCCUGCCCCGGCAGCCCGCGACCCGCUCGAGUUGAGCAACAAUGACCCCGGCGUCAAAGGCGGGGAGGUAGAGGAUAAGAAAGUGAACAAGAGCAUCGACAACGACGAGAAAAGCAAGACCGUCACAGCGGAACCGAAUGGCACCGUGGAGACUGUUGCCAACAACAACCAAGCCGACGAGACGGCGCAGGGCUGGACUUCGCCCCCGUCAAAGAAAAGUCUCAGGAAGCUGAAGAAAAAGAGGGAGAAUGGGCGCACCCGUAAGAAGUCGGAUUUCCCCUCGCCAGCCUUCUGA